GCUUGCUGCCCCGGCACAUCAACCACAUGACCAUGGAGAAUUUCUAUGACAUGUACAAACUGUGGGCCGAGGGAGCUGCCCUUCCAGGAGUUGCAGUCUCCGCAUUCACAGAUGCAGACACGAUCCAGACGCCGGAGGAUUUUGUGAAGAUCAUUCAGGAGAAGGUGGUCCCAGUUCGCAAACGUGAGCUACGGGCAGAGAUCUUGCCAGGUUCUCUGGACUGGAAGGAGUACUAUGAGCAAUAUGGGUUGAAUGAAGACUACAUGCAGAGUCCGCAUGACUGUAUCCUGCUGGUGAAGCACCUGACGAACAGUUCCUCCUUGUCCCAGAGACCCAUGACUUUUCUGCCAGCUUCAUUUGCUGGCAGGCUCGAGAAGCCGAUUGGUGUUCUUUCGAGGAAUCUCCUUGCGGAGCGUGCGGUGCGUGAGUGGGAGCGCUUUGCUCCUGGACCUGUUCGUGCUGUGUCUGUUAUCCCGGAGAAGCCUGCACAGGCAAAGCCUAAAGGCAAGGCAAAGGCGAAAGCCAAGGGCAAAGGUGUGAAGAGGAAGGCCGAAGAUCAGAGUGCAGAGAUUUUCCGAGCCGAUGAACCAAAUACUGAGCCAUCGGUUGCUGUUCCAGCAGAAGACCAGGGGCUGCCGGAGCCGGGGGCAAAUGAAGCACCUGUGGAUCCACCAGCUUUCCCGUUGCCGGAGAGGUCUAACUUUGCAGGCCGAACGAAGCCAAACACACCUGCUGGCUUGAAGAUUUUCGAGGAUCGGAGAGACAAGUUCUAUGCUUCUCUGCCUGCUCAUUUCUGGAGAGACAAGCUCCAGAGAGAAUAUUGGCUGUUGUGCAAUGAGACUCCUGAUGAUCUGGAUGCUGCUAUUGCUGCAUUUCGCGAGAAACAUCCUGAGGAUGCUGUGAAUCCACGACCUGCCGCUGCCAGAGGCGGCCGAGGCCGUGGCCGUGGUCGUGGCAAAGCUACGGCCCGCCACUGA